AUGUCCACCCGUCCGGACAUCUGCUACCCGGUCGGCUAUUUGGGUCGGUUUCAACAACAGCCCGGCCAACAGCAUUGGGUCUCAUUGAAACGUGUUGUUCGGUACCUGCAAGGUUCAAAGAACUUGGUGCUGACAUUGAAGAGGAGCGCAAACGCCCAGCCACUAGUUGGAUUUGCGGAUGCAGAUUGGGCCUCCGAUACUACCGAUCGGAAGUCAGUCAGCGGCUAUUUAUUCCAGGUGUUCGGCAACACCGUUUCGUGGUCCAGUAAGAAACAGACUACUGUGGCCACAUCGUCGAGCGAGGCGGAAUACGUAGCAUUGAGUGCUGCGGCAGCUGAAGCUAUUUGGCUGUCGGGACUUCUGGAUGACCUUGGAUUGAAGACCGUCAAACCCGUACCGAUCUUCGAGGACAACAGAGGAUGCAUCGGGAUGGAGAAGAAUCUCGAGAGCAAACGGGCUAAGCACAUCGGCAUCAAACACCACUUUGUGCGGGACCAUAUUGCUACUGGAGACCUCACUGUGAAAUCCAUUCCGACUUUGGAGCAGCUGGCGGAUAUACACUACCCGUCAUAA